ACGUGCAUUCUUAGUGCUGAAGCAUGAUGCGUUUCUUCUCUGAAACCCGAAGAAAAUUCCUCGUCUCAACCAGUUGGCGAUGAACUUGUCUCCAGGCAGAAAAGUCCGUAUAGGCGUAUAUAUAUCCAGCACCACCCCUCGUGUUCCAUCUUCACAGGUCGCUUGCUGCUAUCUCAGAGAUCGCCUGGGGGCUUGGAUCGUUUGACCUAUCCAUCCACACGGCGUUUCGAAAACCAUCCCCAUGGCUAACUACAAAGAUGAUAUCAAGUAUGAAGAGGGCUUCACCCUGAAUUCACGAGGCAGCAGGCUCUUCACCUGCAAAUGGACGCCCAAGAAACAACAGCGCAAGGCUUUGAUCUUCAUCUGCCAUGGCUAUGGAGGAGAGUGCAGCAUAUCGAUGGCAGACACCGCCGCGCGACUGGUGCACGCCGGCUACGCCGUCCACGGGAUAGACCAGGAGGGCCACGGCAAGUCCUCCGGCUCCAAGGGCUACAUAUCGAGCUUCGGCGACAUCGUCAAGGACUGCUCCGACUACUUCAAGAGCGUCUGCGAGAAGCCGGAGAACAAGACGAAGAAGAGGUUCCUCUACGGCUUCUCCAUGGGCGGCACCGUGGCGCUGCAGGUCCACAGGAAGGACUCCAUGUACUGGGACGGCGCCGUCUUGCUCGCUCCCAUGGUCAAGCUUGGCGAUGGCAUGCGGCCUCAUCCGGUGGUGGUGAGCGCUCUGAAGAUGAUCUGCGCCGUCGUGCCAAGCUGGAGGGUCAUCCCGGCUCCAGAUCAGCUCGACAAAGUCUGCAAAGAUCCCCAGUUCAAGAAAGAGAUUCGUUCCAACCCAUACAUGUACAAGGGAAACAUGGCGCUGCAGACAGGCCACGAACUCCUCGCGGUCAGCCUAGACAUUGAGAAGAACAUGCACGAGGUCACUUUGCCGUUCUUGGUGCUGCAAGGGGAGGACGACGUGGUGGCCGAUCCUGAGGGGAGCAGGCUGCUACACGAGAGGGCAUCGAGCAGGGACAAGACCUUGAAGCUGUACCCCGGGAUGUGGCACGUUCUCAUGGCUGAGCCGCCGGCCGAUGUGGAGCGGAUCUUCACAGACGUGAUUUCGUGGCUCGAGGAGAGGGCGGCGAGCGCCGGCAGGUGAUAAAAUGUGUAGUGUAGGUGACUGCUUUGCAGAAUGCAGAGAUAUUCUUUUUCUUCGAUAGUUUAUUGCCUUAUAAUGUCAA